CCUCCACCUCAUCCUGCUCCACCACCGUCUCCACUACCACCACCACCACCUCGUCCUCCACCUCCUCCUGCUCCACCACCACCACCACCUCCUCCUGCUGCUCCGUGUCGCCCGCUCUGGACGGGCUCUGAGCGUCUCUGGACGCGUCGCGGAAGCUGCGGCGGAGGCGGCGGCGCCGCCGGCAGCAGCGGCGGCAUGGGGCUGGAGACGUGAGGGGAGACCCCGGCCAGAGACAUGGGCUCCAGGAUCAGGUACAGAGACUCCAGGGAGAACCCGGAGCGCAUUUUUGAAGUCUUCGUCGAGGUGUCCUGCCCGGUGUCGACAGGAGAUGGUGCCGAAGUGCUAUGGAAGUACCCGGAGGAUUAUUACAAGCAGGAUGUGCUCGGCACUAUCCCCAAGUUCUGCUUUCCUUUCGAUAUGACCAGGGUGAGCCUGCGGGACGUGGGCCAGAGCUUCACGUUUGUGCUCACGGACGUGAGCGGCACGCAGAGCUUCGGGAUAUGCCGCAUGUGCCCGGCGUCGCACACCUGCCUGGCUCUGCUCAGUUACCUGCCAUGGUUCGACGUUUUCCACCGUCUUCUAAACACCCUGGCUGAGCACAUCAACAAGGCAGAGGAGGGCUGCGUGCAGCAGCUGCUGCUCUCGCUGCACGAGCGCGAGGUCCCGGAGCCCGGCACGCCCCUGCAGCUCACCCAGCUCACUUACUUCAUCUCUCCGGAUCUCAGAGAGCUGCCAACGAUUCCAGAAAAUCGCAACUUGACGGAGUUCACGGUGGCCGUGGACGUGCCCAGCACGCUGCAGCUGUACGCCAGCCUCCUCAACGAGCGGCGGAUCAUCGUCACCUCCUCCAAGAUCAGCACGCUGUCGUCAUGCAUCCACGCGCUGGCGUUGCUGCUCUACCCCAUGAGCUGGCAGCACGUGUACAUCCCCCUGCUGCCUCCGCACCUGCUCGAGUACUGCAGUGCUCCGAUGCCCUUUCUCAUCGGAGUGCAUUCCUCUCUGAUGGACCGUGUGCGGACCAUGCCGCUGGACGAUGCCAUCGUGUUCACCAUCGACACCAACACCAUGGAGACGCCGUUCAACGACUUGCAGGGCCUGCCCAGCGACGUGGUGGCCGCGCUUCGCUCCCGCCUGAAGCGCCCGGCGACCGUGGGAGACGGCGUGGCACGCGCCUUCCUCAAGUCGCAGGCGGCGCUGUACGGGAGCUACCGCGAGGCGCUGCGCUUCCAGCCCGGGGAGCCGAUCACCUUCAGCGAGGACGCGUUCGCGUGCCACCGCUCGACGAGCAUGCGAACGUUCCUCACCAACGCCACACACAUGCAGAUCUUCAAACAGUUCAUAGAGGAGCGUCUGGAGCGGCUGAAUGCGGGCUCGGGGUUUAACGACGUGUUUGAGGAGGAGAUCAACCGCAGUGAAACCGAAGGAGGAGCAACAAAGUCCUACAAUCAGUGGCUCACAACAGUGAAGAAAGGAGGCGGGGCCAUCUUCCAGACGGUGAAGUCCAAGGCCAAUCCCGCCGUGAAGUCCGUGUACAAGUUUGCGAGGGAGCAAGCGAAACUCGCGAAAGACCAGGCACGCAUGGGGAUCCAGGAGGUGAAGAGCCGCCUCAAGCAGAAGGAGGGAUCCUCCGUGGACGACUUCUCCCCGCAAGAGGGCCCCGCGACGUUCAGCCGCCUGGGAGAGCCGUGGGCCUCGCCGGACCACGACCCCUCGCCCACCGGGGCCGCCGCCGGGGCGCCGCCGGGCUCCAACGGGGACGUCGCUGACCCGAAGCGCACGUCGCUGCCCAGCCCGGACGUCCCUUAUUUUCUGGAGGAUUCCGGCUCUGACCCCGAGGAUUCCGCUCCUGGUUUUCCGGACACUCGGCUACUGGGCUGUCACCUACGCUGGUGUGUCUGCAUGUCGCAGCCCUACCGUUCGCUGGAUAAUCGUCAUCCCAACCGUGCGGAGCGAUCCGAUUGGCCGGCGGAGGCCGUGCGGCAUCAGCUCGCGGCGAAGUCAUUGGACGACCUGCGAGGAGACCGACUCAUGAGCAGGCCGCCUGCUCCAGGCCUCUCGUUGGCCGACGUUGGCGCUUCCCUGCCAUCGCUGACUCCACCCCUGCCCCGCUUCCCGACCAACCAGAGCGCUCCCCGGCUGCUGGCCCCGCCCCCGACCGCCCACCCCCUCAGGGCGGACGUGGGGGACUCCAACAACAACCACGGCGCCAAGCCGCGCCGGCGCGCCGAGAGGCCCGCGGCGCGCCACCCCGGCGGCUCCGACGACCUCGUCAUCCUCGACGAGCCGGGAGACCGGGAAAGCGGUGACGGCGGCGACGCGGGGAGCGCCGGGGGGGUCGGGGAGCCGGACCUCCUGGAUCUGCUCGACCCCCUGAAGCAGCGGCCGAGCGCCCGCGACCUGCUGGAGGCGUCUCCCCCCGCCCCGCGGCGCUUCCACCCCUCGCCCGCCGUGAGCCUCUUCGACGCUCCCUGUCCCGCGAUGGCGUCGGCGAAUCGCUUCGCCCCGUUCCCGCCGGCCAAUCGGAUCGCUUCCUUGCCAGCAAAUCGGUUUGCGGUCGUGCCGCCUCCGCAGCCGCCGCCCGCGCUGGCCAAUUGUCUUCAGGCCACGCCCAUUGUGUUCGGGAUGGGCGGUCCGGCCGUCCCGCCGGCCAAUCGGACGUUCCCCUUCAACUAUCAAGUGGCCAAUCGGAUGCAAGUUCCGGCGCCGCUGCACCCGUGCGCAGCCAACAGGACGCUGCCCAUGCAGCCAGCCAACCGGUUGCCUCCACUCGUGGCCAAUCAGACGUCUCCGUUUAAUCAAACCUUCCCACCGGCAAAUAGCGUGGCAGCGGCGGCAAACCAUCACGUGACCACGCCGGCCAACCAGAUGCCUGUGCGGGCGAGGAGGCCGAACCCUCCCACGUCUCUCCCGCUCCCGGAUCCCGGGUUACACGACGGUGACGUCACACAGCGCAGGCAGCAGUGGGAAACGUUCGAUUGAUGAUCGCGGAACGGACACGUGUCUGCAGAGAGAGAGAGAGAGAGAAAGGGGGGGGGGGGAGCGCGGGGGGCGCAAACACGGCCACGAUCGAACGCUCGAGUUUGCCGCCAAGGUUCAACCGCUCGACGAGGACGGGCGAGACGCGCGGUCGCAGCGGAGCAACUCGCCCGCCCCACCGGCUCGGCGCAAACGAUUGGGAAAGUGGUGGCGCUCCUCCCAGAAGCCGCUUCCCCCCACAGCCCCCCGCGCGGCUUCUACCCGCUCUGCCCGGAAGAAAGGAGAAAGCGGCGGAGGCGGGGUGAGCAUGUCGGGAGCGUCCGCGUGUCGGGGACGACGCUAGUAGACGUGAGUGCCUUCCAGUGUUAAUUUGCCUGAAUUAUGGACUAAUGCCACUGCUGUUUUAUUAUUUGUAUUAUUGUGAUUUUUAUUUUUUGAGUUGGGCUUGAAAGGGUGGGGGGGGGGGGAUGAACGCAAAAUCCAUGGCCUGAAAAGAGAAGUGGAGCUGCAAGAUUGGAUGGGCUAUUCAGGUGAACAUCGCUUGUUAUCAAGGAAGGAUCACCAGAUUACGAAUUGAUAGUUAACUCUGAUCUUUGUUGACAAGGCGUUUGCAAUCGUAUUGCUUGAAACAAAUGGUGAAUGUGACAUUCCUUACGAGUUCAACACUUAACCGGUUGUGUGUUGGAGGAUAAACCCACCACAACAUUUACAAUUCGAGUACCGUCACAUUUAGCCGGUGAUAACAACCAUCCUCACCAGGUGACAGCCAUAAUUUUGUUUUGUUUUGUUUCCGUGGCAAGCCAUACUCAUUGGCUGUGUCGGGUGGCGGCGGGUUUAAAUGACACAUUUAUAUUUACGUGAUCUAACCCAAAAAAAAAAAUCGAUUAUGGAUAAUAUCGGCCAUGAAAGCCUACUAUGUGUUAAAUGAUGAUUAUAAUGAAAAAAGCUCACUUGCACUUCCAGAAAACCCCCAUAGAGAAGUUCCGUGGCUUCAUCACGGUUACUCGCCGCUUCCCGUGUCGGGUCAUCGGCCUUCCGGUCACCUCUCGUGAAUCACAAGCCGGUAGGAGACUCGGCAUUUGGGGGAACCGCCGAGAUCGAAAUAUCCCGGUUAGGCAUUUCAGAGAGCCGAUUCCCCGUUGCGAUUGGUUCGUUUUACGCGAGCGCUCGAGCGAGUUGCCGCAGCUGAGCCCUCCCUCGAGUGACGAGGAGGUGUUGUGGGCAUAACGGUGGACAACCGGGGAAAACGCUCGCUCUCCGAUGAAAAUUAAUGCACAGUGUAAACAAGUCAACAAAUAAACCCAAUUGCUCUA